GUGCGAUCUAUCAACCCAACUACAAACGCUAUGUUGACAGUUUCUAAAUUUUCUAAACCAUGUCUGAAAACCAUCCAAAUGUAAAACUAACUAGCGACCAGACCAUCAACGUACCAAAAUCGACACCGGAUAAGAGGAAGCUGACCCUGAGCCAGUCGGAAAACACCCUGGACUUACAGAAAAGUAUCAUCAAGCACAAACUGCUCGGAAAAGUCAAAUCUUGGAGUUCCAAAGAGCACCACGCCAAGGAAAAAGUUUUAAGUAUCGAACUGGAUUUGGCGAGAUCCCUAAGUAAAUUGGACGUAGUGGAUUCUAACAACGAUAAUAUUAGCACGAAUUUGUUGAGGGCGCGUGAUAGUCUGGAUAGCUUCUUAAAGGAUGAGCAAAAUAUGCCGAAACCCUAUUUAGAAAAAUCGAUUUUACAUCCGAAAUCAAAAAGCACUCCGAAUUCACCGAAAUCUUCGCCACAACUCGGUGGUAAUCUGAGAGCGUCAACUUCCAAGGCACCAUUUUGGAUCCAACCGGGUAAAAAGAACAGAAAAGACAUUAAGAAGAACGGUAAAAUCAAGAAUAUGGAUCCUACCAGGAACGAGGCGUCUGCAAAUCCUGCCGAAGGAAAACAAGUUUCCAAAAGUAAUGCUGAAGCAGCUGAAGAGGCUUCCCUUAUGGAAGAAGAGGGUGUCAAUAAAUUUGCUUACAAUUACAAUUUUGCUAAGAAUAGUAAAUCGGUGGUGUUCACUAAUGAAGUUUUGGUGGUUUAUUUCAACAAUGAAGACGUGGUUGGGGAGGAAAAGGAGCCCUUGAAGAAAGAGUUGGAACAGCAAACGAGAAACAAGGAGAUGCGACGGGUACAUUUAACCAAAACGCAAGAGAAAUAUAAUCUGUGUCUCUUUUAAAAAUUUGUCCGGUGUGAGGAUUAUUUGUACAAGUGUUUGUCAUGUUUAUACACAUUUUAUUACAAAAUUUAUACAUUUGUAUACAUAAAGAUUUUCUUUUUUAAAAUAAUA